ACGAGGGUAACGGAGCAACGAGGCGACAGCCAGAGUCAGAGUGGAGGCGUUGACGGGCAGUGAGGAGAAGCCGGGGCCUUCACUGUGUGUCCGUCAACGUCGCCCCAGCUGACGCCAGGGCCCUGAUUGAGGUCAUUGACGUGGAGAUGUUCGACUCGUUCGAAGGCCUCCAGCUGCUUCUCUGAUUUUGACGCGAUGGAUACACUUCCUACGUCGAGCCAUCAGCACCACAUUUAAUUUUACAGGCCCACGAUUUGUUUUUGUCAACUUAAGUUGAAUGUGAAAGAGUACUGGAAAAUAUAGCUUGGUCAGGAUUGAGGGCUCUCACUUUGUGAAUGAGCACAAUUUAAUGGAAGAACAAAACAACUAAGAAGCAGGUGCCAUGCCUCGGCGUUUGGGCUUCACAGUGGUUGACGCAUCAGGCCACGAGGAGGGCUACAGUGCUGUUGAGCUCACGUCGCACGGACCCACCGUCCAAGGAUGGAGAUCGCCACGGUAUUCACUUUAUCCCCAGGAGAUAGUGCUGUGCUUAGAGGGGCCAUGCCAUGUGCAGAAGCUGCAAGUGCUAUCCCACCAGUUCCUCAUCUCCUCCAAGCUGGAGAUCUACAUCGGGGAGAGCCAGCAUCAGGGCAGUGCCUACACUCGCCUGGGGUACGUUGCCCUGUCUGACAAUGAUAAGACUGGGUUCCGUGCACGGGAGCUCAAGUCUGUGCAUGUGGAUGCCACCGGGCGCUAUCUAAAACUCAUUAUCCACAAGAACCAUGUCAACAAAUACAACAUCCACAACCAGGUGGGACUUGUAGCAAUCAACAUCCUCGGAGAUGCCGUGGACGAUAAGGAUUCUGGAAGUUACUCCCCUGGGGCAGCUGAUCGCCUUAUUAGCCAGUACCUCAAGCACCAUCCUGAUGAUCCAGCUCUGUCAUCUACCACACAAAGGCAGGAGGAGUUCGAUCCAUUGGACGAUUUGGCGUUUGGGAUGUACGUGGACCCGGAGGUGGCGGGAAUGAUAAGGACGCUGGAUGCGCGUAAGCGAGCCGCGGUGAGAGAGGAGAAGUUCCAUGUUGCCAAGACCCUUAAGCAGGCCAUCGCUGACCUGCACAAGGUUGGCGAGCGAUUAGGUCGGUACGAGGUGGAGAAGCGGUGCGCUGUGGAGCAGGAGGAUUAUGACCUUGCUGAGAAAAAGAAGCAACAGAUGGAGGAAUACCGGCAGAGGGUUUACCAGGAGCUGAGGCUGCAUAAUCUGCUGCAGGAGGAAGAGGUGGAAUGGCUCAGUUCACCUCUUUUUAGAUAUGAAGGUCACGGCACAGAGAUGGGCUCUCCCCGGGGAUUGAGAGGCAGCAACUCGCAGAUAACUUCUCCAGGGAACACGGCACGUACUAAGGGGGCGGCCUUGCAGGAACGCGGGACACCAAAGGGCAUGAUGGCUGCAGGGGAAGAUGUGCGCACACAUCGUAGUGAGUCUGAACGGAUGUACUCCACCCAGCCAACGCGGCAAAACCCUCCCUCUCAUGAUGACCGGCCAAUCCCUACGGUGGUGCGGCAGCAGCACAAGCCUCAGGACGACGCAGGAGACAAAGAUGAUAGUCUCUUGGCACAGGCAUGGGUUGGAGAGGACGCACGCACGACUCCGUCAGCCGAGGGUGGAGACAACGCAGGUGGAGAACCGUCAGCCAAGCCGGAGGAGGGGGAACCGCGGGGCAGUGGUACCCCAGAGCCGUUAAGCGAGAUGGCACUCAGAGAGGCUGGGCCGGUCAUUGACGUGUUUGGGGAAGGGCUGGCUGCAGGCGCCUACUCUAAGACGUGGUCGUACCGUGAAGACGCACUUCUGGCCAUCUAUCGCCAAAUGGCUGAGCUUAAAGAAGGGAUGGCUCGAGAGGAUAUCAGGGCAAUGCUGAGGGCUGCCAUUUUUCUCGUCCGUCGGGCCCUACGAGACCAGGUCACCUCGGUGUUCAGUGCAUCCCUGAAGGUGCUGAAGAUGCUGGUGACCCAGUUUGUUCCCCAGCACCGUCUCGGCCGAGUCGAUCUGUCGCACUGCGUAGAGGGCACGCUGCCCGGGCUCAUGGUGCGCACCGGGGACACCACGACACGGCACCGCAACGCCGCCAUGUCCUUCAUACAGGAGCUGGCCUUGCUGCAAGCAGUGCGUGCGUUGCAGCUGGUGCCCCCAGUGUUACUACAGUCUUUCGGAGCACAUGCAGCGCCACGUGUCUCUAUCAGCCAGCUGGAGCUGCUGCUGCGCCUGUUGCCUGAGCUGGGCCUGGACGGACACGGUCUCACUCCCACCAAUGUCAUGAAGGUGGCCCAGUGUGGCUUGGACCACACGGGAGCGGACGUGCGGGAGACCGCGGUGCGGCUCGUGCUCGCUCUCUACGGGAUGCAGCCCGAGGCGGUGCGUGCCCUGCUGCCCCCGGACGAUGCCAAAAGGCGAAGGAACUUGCUCUACCGCGGUCUCUUUGACGCCAUGGACCGCAUGGAUGGCAAACCCACGCAGGCGGAAGUGCAGGUACACCGCAAGGCAGCAGCCGAAGAGGCAGAGAGGCGUAAACAGGCAGAGAUACAAGUCCUGCAGCAGCAGCUGUCGGCUCUGCAUGAAAUCCAGGCACAGGUGCAGCUUACCAAGGAGAAAGAAAAAGGCCGUCCAGGCAAGAAGCGAGCAGAGGAGCCAGCAGUUGCCUCCCAAGGCCCCCAGCCUGUGGAAAGUCCCCCCAGCGCCUUGCCGCAGUUCCUCGAGAACAUCUGUGUGUUCUGUGGGGAGCGGAGCGACUCGUUCACUGACGAGGGGCUGGACGUGCACUACUGGAGGCACUGCCCCAUGCUGCAGCGCUGCGAGCACUGCAAACAGGUUGUGGAGAUUUCAGGCCUCACGGCCCACCGGCUCGGGGAGUGCGAGCGUGGCGAUGGGUACGGGAAGUGCCCUCGCUGUGCUGAGGCCGUCCCCAAAACAAAGUUAUCCGAGCACAUACAGGCCAAGAGUUGCGCCCCUGCAAAGCCUGAAAGAGUGGCCAAUCGAUGUCCCCUCUGCCACACGGACUUUCCACCUGGAGAGGAGGCAUGGAAGCCUCACCUGGUGAACAAAGAGGGAUGUACGAAAAAUCCUCGCAAAGAGCAGUACCUCCAACGGCUCCAAGAAGCUCCGAAAGGUGGAGGAGCUGCCAAGAGCGGUGGGGCCGGGGUCAAGGUGGGCGCAGCACCGAAGGCCCAGCCCCGCGGAGGCAUUCCCAAGCUUCAGGCGGCCAAUAGGAACGCAGCGAAGUGACGCGAUUGUGUUGUAGCCUCGGCGAUUGUCUACGGUUCUAAUCCUGAUUUAAAGCUUUCAUGACUGCAGGGAUUCAUAGUCUUGGUUCUUUCGGUAAAGUCACGUAGAAGGGAAAUAAUAAAAUACAAAUAUAUAUUUGCAUAUUAUUAUUUCCCUUCUACGUAACUUUAUUUGCAUUUUAUUAUUUCCCUUCUACGUAACUUUACCGAAAGAACCAAGAAUAUGGUUCUAAUCCUCUUACGACGUAACAAACAAGCAUGCGCAUGUUAACCUGGUUUGAAGAGCGUAUGAAAAAUAGAAAAUAUGAAGUAUACAUUGGGUUCAAUUCACUUCAUUCAAACUUGUUUUUAUAAAUUUUUUAAGACUGAAUAUUACGUUAAGUAUAUGCGCAUCAAGACAAUGUAGUUUUUUUCUGCUUUCAUGAUUCUUAACUAAAUACCUAUCACUCGACACCAUCAAGAGUCUUAUUUUUUACUAUUUUACAAUGUUUAUCUUAUUAAUAUAUGCUAAUAAUUGUAAGCCCUUUGUUAAUCCCCUUCUAGAGGAAGGCUUCCAAACCAUUCAGUCGAGGGGGCUGUUUGUAUGUAUGUAUGUUGAACGUAGCCAACUGCGCUAAUCGGAGGUGUGGCGGAAGGACAACAAACUAAAUACAAAAAGCAGUUCUAAAUAAAUGAGCUUUAAUUUUAUAUUUAAAAGUGCUUAGCUCCAGUCGCUUCCUAAUCUCGAAAGCAAGAGCGUUCCAGACGGCCGCAGAAGCGCACCUGAAAACGCGCGAUGCAGUGACCCUCUUUGUUCGACGGUUUGACCAUACGGCAGCACAACACUGGUUCGUGCAGGUUAGUAAAGGACAGUAAGAUCAGUUCAUAUAUCACUCGUCACUGAUGUUAGCCGUGAUGUUGAAAUCAGGAUGGCAGAUUUGUCGUUCGGUCCACUAACCCGUGUGCCAACAUUCCUCCCCACUUUACAGUUAAACAUGGCACAAAUGGGAACGCAAUGAGAAAGGAUUUUUUUAUAUUGUACGCUCCAGUGCUUUUCACGUAAUCUUUGCUCGUUAUAUAACCAAGUUUACUUAGAGCUGAAGGAGUUACCUUGCAAAUGUGUAUGUUUAUUCUCAAGAGACUAUGGCAUUAUAUUGCUACUCUCUUAUCGUCCUAUGAACGCUUUGCUAAUCCAAGGACCUUUUCCCAUCACGGAGUUAUUUUUAUUUUAACUAAUAAAUUAUAUUCAUUGUGAAUAUCAAACUUAUAUAAAAAUCGGAAGAAUGUUCAUUCCAACAUUUUGGAAUAUAAGAGAUUACCAUGGAAAACGGUCAUAUCACCAUGAUGCAUAUUAAAAAAAGA